UUGCAGAUCUUGUGUCUCAGAUGGCUGACAUGGCUCCAUCAAAACAAGGUCAAAUGAAACUUUUUUUCUUGAUUUUGUGCUUGCUGGGAAAUAUGUAGGACUAGUUUUUCAUCUUAUACAAGUCCCUCCUUGAUGACAGCUCAGUGCGUGUCUUCUCUUGGCUAGCACACAGGAAUCUGUUAAAAUUCCAGUUAUUCUGAUAAUCAACACACGAGAGCAAAAUACGACUUCUCAGGUUUGUUCUGUAUAUCUGCAAUGAAGUUAGUCAAAACAUCAGAGCCUUGAAUAAGAAGUGGGAGCUCAGGUGUGCUAUACUCAAUAAUAAGCCUGCUGUUUGUGUGAUAAGGUGUUAAUUUCAGUAUGUUAUUGAUUAAGAGCUCAAGGAUGUCUGCUGUUGGGUACACUGAGUCCCUGAAGCACCCAGAGGAGAACCCAUAACUCGACGAGUGAAAAGGAAGACGAGGGAAAAAUUCUCAUACUUCUGUUCUACCAUCCACACCUGAGACCAUGCCUGGACUGUUCAGCUGUGGAGUCUGGAUUUCUGUGUUGGUUCUUCAGUAUGGAUCUUCAGCAUUUACCUCUCACAUUUCAACCCAGAAUAAGCCUCCAAAUGUAACGGUUGUUGGAGAAGAGGAUGACACGGACCAGGAUCCAACAUUUCUUCAGCUGAGAGCCAGUCUACCAUCCUACUCACAGCCACUCCAACCAUACACCCUGCUGACAAAUACUGAAGACUACCACUACCUGCCCAAACCCAGACAUCGUCGACCUUCUCGCCUCCGGCGUCUUCUGGGAUCCUGUUUUGACUUGUUUUGGAUGUCCAUAGAAAGGCCAUCUGAAGGUCACAGUGAUGGUAAACCUUUGUUGCAUGGUGACACACUCUCUGCCAAAUUGCCCAGCAACACCACUGCCAGAGAGAGGUUUAACCUGAGUGCCUCUCCAGAGCUGAGAGAGGCUGCAGCAAACCAAAGGCAGAAGCUGGAGAAGGAAGCUGCAGAUCUUGACCUCAGUGCUCUUCCCUCACAUGUUGCCAGUUCAGUCAGACACUGGUUAGUGCGCUCGGCCACUUGUGGAUUAAGCUACCAGUGGGUGGAUCUGGGUCCUGCGUUCUGGCCGCGUUGGUUGCGUCAGACUGAUUGUGAAAGAUCAGAUGGAGCGCAAAGUUGCUCCUUUCCUGGUGGGAUGGAGUGUGUACGAGCUCAGACAACUCACAUAAAGAUUCUGGCUUGGCACUGCUUGGAUAUCAGAGAACGGUUAAAUGAGUCUAGAGGGAUUAAAGCUGACAGGUCUGAUGGCAGCACUGAGAUGAGUGCGGGUGAAGUCAUAAAAAGAUGUUUAUGGAGGCAAGUGCCUUAUCCUGUGGUCACAGCAUGUGCAUGUUCGUGUAAAUGACUGUAGAGAUUUUCAAUCCUCCUGAUGGUUUCUAUUUCAUACUGUCGGUGAGUUGACGUUACUGAUGAAAUCAAAAUUAUGUUGACUGAUUUUACAAACCUAAUUGCAGCUACCUUGAAACAUUCAGUAAAAAAUAGCAUGUACUUUAAAUGUCGCAGGCUUUAAGCUAAAUUAAAUAAAAAUAUUUUCGCCUGAUAAAAUGUUCAAUUAUUUUUUUGUGGACAUUUUUCAACAAAAGUGCUCUUUUCCAAGUCACUCUGAGUAUCACUCAGGGAGCUGUCAGGUCAAUCACUAUCCUCUAUUGUUGCUUCAUGAAAGAAAGCUGCAAGCUCAGGUGCCCCUGCAAGUCAUAAAGUACUGUAUAUGUUGCUUGUACAUGUUCUCUCUUCUGUGAUGGUCUGGGGAUUCAAAAUUGCAAUGCUUUGAUCACAAGGUUGUCUUUGUCCAUCACAGUGGCAACCUAAAAAUGAAAAUCUUUGUGUUGUACCUGUAAUUAUUAUCAUUCAAGUAAAUAAAGAUA